AUGGAUCUGGAUCAGUGGCUUGCUGCGAACGACCCUUCGUGGGACCCAUCUGCGUUUGAUCAGACCCCUGUCUUCGCAAAACCAUUCGGCGAUAUCCCAUCCGAGGACACGACUAUGCCAUCAUCCUCUCGCAGCGCACCAGAGUCAUCAUCAACCUCCACUCAACCUACUCCACGACCAACCACCAGAGCCUUAUCGAGUCUAAGCAAACAGCCUCCAGGUGCCUGUUACAAUGGGGUUGUGACCAUCGAAGUUGGCUCUGAGAAGAAGGCAUUCGUAAUCCACAAGGAUCUCCUGACAUUCGACUCCGACUACUUCUGCGGCGCCUUUGACGGUUCUUUCAAGGAAGCUGCUGAAGGCAAACUGUCUCUCCCCGACGAGCAAGUCAAUGUCUUUGACAUCUUUAACCAGUUCAUCUACACCCGCUCUCUCGAAGAACACAACCUUAACAGCCAUACACUGAUCGAACUCUGGCUCUUUGGCGAUAAAUUCCUCAUCCCUUGCCUUCAGAACGCAGCCAUGGAUGCACUCGUCAAGUGGCUCGGUAUCUACGAUUGUCCAGCAUACGACGUUAGGGCCAUCUGGAAGCGCACUAUGCCGUCUGCACCGCUGAGAAAGCUCAUCCUUGAUCUCGUGGUAUACUGGUGCGAGUUUGAGAAUGUCAUGUCAUCAGCUCAACUCUGGAGUCGCGAAGCGCUCGUUGACUUUAGCCGAGCNUUUUACCACAAAGAAGCUAAUGGGGACGAGAGGAAGCUGACAAAGAGAGAGAAGUGCUACUAUCAUAUUCACGCCGAGGGAGAGAAAUGUUGA